GGGCCAGGUCCCUCCCAAAGUGCAGAGGUGUUUCCAAAUACCUGUCAGGUUGAGCAUUAACCGCUCUGGAAUUCUUCCUCUUCCUCCGGAUCGGUGAGAUCUCAUUUCAUUUCCAGGAUCCACACAAGAGACAUCUGGAGGGAAUCUCUGCGACCAUGUUCUACCUGCAGCUCAUCCCCUUGCUGCUUCUCCUCUCUCUAGGACCAGUUUCCUGCCAGUCAGAUGCCGGGAAAGAGGUCAGAAAGAUUCCUCAAUGGGGCACGGGUCUAAUCGCUAUGACCGUUUUCCUUUUCCUUGUCCUCGUUAUCUACGUGGCCAACACAGUUAUGAAGAAGAAAUCCAAAUCUAAUAUAGAGUCAGACCCUACGGAAGGAUCUAAAGCCUUUGAAGAUGCCUCGGUUCCCAAUGGUACCUUUGGUCACUACAGAUCCAGCGAACAUGAACACGCCUACGACAACCCGAUUGAAGUCCACGAUAACGUACUCACCACCCCUAUGUGAUUAUAACGUCUCCAUGCUUUACUUACCAUGACAGUAUAAAAAAAAUUGCAGCAAGAUAUAAAGGGAAUACAAAGAACAAAACUGAAAGAUUGCACAACCUUUAACCCGGUCACUCAGGCUUUCAGCAGUCAAUAAGAAGAUAUAGUAAUUAGAAAGCCGUUAUUAUCCUUUAAACUUGUUAAUUAUAAAAGUAUUUUAAUAAAAAUGUUUUACACUGUGGUAACGGGGUGUGAUGAGGGCAGAUGUUGUUACCCUAGGGGCAGAUGGAACUAACCCCUUGUAUUCAUGACGCGAGGGCGUGGUUUAUCCUCGAUACCACCCGAAGGUAUACUGCUAGAUCCUGGGCUAGGCACGGGGGCAAUAAUGAUUCCAAUGCCAAGUCAUGGAUAACGGUAGCUUUACUGUGGGUAGACAGAUGGAACAGUCUAAACAGUUCAGCCAGGGUCCAAGGAGGUGACCAGUGACUCAGAGACCUUGAGGGAUUGCUGGGACUUGUAGUAGGACUGGACAAUUUAAUGCAGGCCACACUGACUUGACAGUUACUGACAGGGACUGACUUGACUAACGACAGACAAAGCUAUGACUGUAGCUUGCUUGCAAUUGACUGUGGCUGCAGACUUGACUUGAGGCCUCCAAUGACUCUGGACACACACCUAGACUUGACUUGACUACACUGGACCUCAGCAACAAGAGAGAGAGCUAGCUCCACCCAGGACUUAUAUGGGGGAGACUAGUAGGGAACCCAUAAAUCACCCUUGGGAUCACCUGGUCACUGGUACCUCCUGGGUAAAAAUCACAUGACAUAUCACAUGGUACAUUUCUUAAAGCAACAACACAUUAUAUAUUAUAAUACAUAGCAAAACAAAUAUACAGGGGAUAAACAAGUACAAGGGGCCCAAGGGACACUGAAUGGAGGCUGCCUGACAGGACAGCAAGGGCACUGGACCACUACAUCACCCACGAAUGUAAGUGUGAAACAAAGCUUUCCAACCUGUCUGGACUCAUUUAAUAUUUUCUACAUUAGAAAUUUUUUUUUUACAUUUUUUUUAUUACUCCAAUACAUCUGAAAUAAAAAUGACGCAAUUU